CCUCCUCCCCUCUCCUCCCUGCGCCUCCUCCUGCCUCCUCUCCGCCUCCUCACGGCGGCCAUGUGGCAGGUCGCUCGGCAGCAGAGCGUCAAGCAUUAUGGGAUGCUGGAGGACUUUGUUUCCAUGGUGACGGAGGUGGUCCCUCAGCUGCUGACAGACAGACAGAAGAGUGUGCUGCUGCUGGCGCUCAGAGCCAAGGUGACCCUCAGUGACUCUCAGGCCGGCCACGCCCACCUGGAGAAGAUCCGCUCUGUCUCCGAGGCGACGGUGGACGGAUGGUGUUCAGCUCUGAAGACUCUGACGGACAAACUGAUGCGGAGUCCAACGGACACACAGCGCCUCCUGCAGGAGGUGUUCGACCACAGCUUUGACUCAGCUCUGCAGUCUCUGCUAUCAGACUUCCUGUCGCGGAUCGAGCAGCUGUUUCCUGUUCCCGACUUCAAACAGGUGGCCUCCUGGCUCAGUGCUGCCCCCGGUGGUCUGGAGGAGUGUCUGCAGGAGGCCGACAGGGACGACCUCCGGGAGCUGCUGACCAAUCAGAGCGGUCAGCUUGGACAUGUGACCACCACAGUGAGUCAGGACUCGGAGAAGAUCCUCCUCGCAGCCUGGUCCCACCCCCUCCUCACCCAACUGAUCAAUCCUGAGCCUGACCCCGCCCCCGCCGAGUCAAUCCAAUCAGAUCCUCUCCCUGACGUGGAGAUGGUGAAGGUGGAGGUGGUGGUGAUGACGGAGGACGAGCAGGAGGAGGUGGAGGAGACCGUGAUAGGCCAGUCGCCGGGUGAGCCAGAGGCGUCCAGUGGAAGCUCAGCAGUGGGCGGAGUCACAUCUGUGGUUAUGGAAGUGGACAGAUUGAAGGACUCACCUGGAACCUUUGCAGACCAAUCAGAGGAUGCAGUGGACCAAUCAGAUCAGGCCUGCACUGAGGUCACAGCCAAUGCUCUGUACAGCAUUUCCCAUAAUUCCCAGCGAGUGGCUCACAAGUGUCCUCAGUGUGGUAAAUGUUUCAUCUACAGAUCUCAGGUGAUCCGCCACCUGCGCACCAAUAAGUCCUGUGGGUCGGCGCUGACCGGAGCUGUGAGCUUACCUGAAGAGGAGCCCCGCCUCCCUGAGCCCCGCCCCUCCAGGACCCACUCCUGUUUCCAGUGUAACGCCGUCUUUAAAACCAAAGCUGAGCUGCUGUCGCACCAGCGCAGCCACCGGGCCCGGCCCGUCUACCAGUGCGGCCAGUGUGACAAGGAGUUCCACCACCUGUCCAGUUUGACCAAUCACAAACAGACGCAUCUGGGCAGAGGCGGGUUCACCUGCAGCAGGUGCGACAAGGUGUUCGAGUCCGCCAAAGAGAGAGACGCCCACCGGCUGCAGCACCGGCUGCCAGACCUCACCUGUACGGUUUGCGAUCAGACGUUCAGCUCUCAGACUCAGCUGCUGCGACACCUGCAGACGCACUCCGUGGAGGGCGCCGAGCCCUGCUACAGCUGCCGCUUCUGUGACCAGACCUUCUCAG